AUUAUGCUAUUUUCUUCUCUAGAACUAUCAUCUACCGGAAACUCAGCUUUAAUGAAAUAUUUUUUGGACAGUAUCAGGAAAAUCUUUUUCUUUGUCUGGUGCCAUUCCCUGUGGGGGAAAUGCGUUUUCCAUUGGAUACCUUUUACUAUGUACCAAAUACUGCUUCCUGCAGGAAAUUCAUAGAAGAUGCAUUCUCAAAUCAAUAUUCAAACUAUAAAGGAUUCAAAACUGAAGAUGAUUUAGAAAAAUAUCUUCGCCAAAAGUCAAUAUUACACAGUAAUAGUAUAGAAGCAGUUAUAUUCUCUGAAUGGAAUCCAAAUUCAACAGUAUUGAAAUAUAAACUGAGAACCUGUUGUGUAAAGUUUGAAACAAGUAAACUUUAUAGGACUUUAGACGAAGUUCAUUAUACAGAUAGUAUAGAUGAGCGUUAUAGAUACUACUUUUCACCUUAUUCACUUAGUACAAAUUUUAUUGAUAUACAGAAAAAUAUUGACUUGAUGUUUGUGAAAUUACAUGCAAACACCAUUCAGAAAAAGGAAAUACUUGAAAAUCUUCAGUUCUUACUACAGUCUAUGCCAUAUCCAUCUUACGAUAAUGUAAUUAUAUACUUUAGCAAUUUUCGACUCAUUCCAUUUGGUAUGGUUAUUAGUUUUUUGUUAAUAUUUCCAAUGAUUGCAAAAAGAAUUGUCGAAGAAAAAUGUACUAGAAUGAAGUUCUUACUACAGUCUAUGCCAUAUCCAUCUUACGAUAAUGUAAUUAUAUACUUUAGCAAUUUUCGACUCAUUCCAUUUGGUAUGGUUAUUAGUUUUUUGUUAAUAUUUCCAAUGAUUGCAAAAAGAAUUGUCGAAGAAAAAUGUACUAGAAUGAAGAAAUAA